GGAUUUUAGAGUAUGAUGUAUCGAUGUGGUUGUUUCGAGGAGAAAAUUGUGCCAAAGUUCAUUGAGUUCAAUUACCAUAUUCUAGAAUUUCUUCUUGCUAUAGACGUUACAUCGAGUGGCACUCCCGAGGAGAAGCUCAAAUGGGCAUUCCGCAUGUACGACGUAGACGGUAAUGGCGUAAUUGACAUACAAGAAAUGACGAAAAUUGUUCAGGCCAUAUACGAUAUGCUCGGCGCGUGUUCAUCGAAUCGACCAGCCGAUUCUGCUGAGGAGCGUGCA